CACUCGUUCCCCAAGCACACUCUGAUACACAACACACCAUGCAGACACACUCGGAAGUGAGCGCGCACCCGCGCUCCGGCGCCGUGACUGUCGCUAGUAGCGGCAAGGAGAUGGAGGCGGAUGUGCAGCGCAAGAUGAAGCUUUGGGGAGUAAUCGAGGGGUUCCGUGACGGCCGCCUGCCAGACAACGAACAAAUCUUCUCUGCUCUCGAGUACGCACAUGGCCACUCGCCGGUGCCUCUCGACAAGCUGUCGCCCGAGGGCCGCGAGCUCGUCGAGGACUUGCGCGACAUCAUCAAGACGAUGGGCGACAUUGUGGAGCAGAAGAACGGCGACGAAUUGAUUCAGGAGACCAUCUACAACUCAUACCACAUCGACCUGUCGCACGCACAGCAGCAGGGCGUGAACCCGACCAACAAGCAGGAGGCCCUCGCAGACCGUGAGCAGGCCGGCAAGCACCUGCGCGUGCUUGCAAGCCUGUUCCUCACGAACGGCGAAGUCCGCAAGCUCGUCAAGGACUUUGGUAUUGUCGGGCGGGACAUGUUUGCGCAGGGCGCCGCGCGCGCCGCCGAGGCCGCACGCCCUUCCGACCAGCAGCUCAACCAGGUGGACGCGCCAGCGCCCGACAAGACUUGGGUCGGGCCAGACGGGCAGACUCUGGGGCCAAACGACUCGCCCCAGCUUCAGAUGAAGGCCGCCGACGGGAGCCAGAUUCGGUACGACCCCAAGGACGACCCGCGCAACGCGCAGAUCAUCGGCAAGGACGGGAACACGACCCGCGCUGGCGACGCAUACAACCAGUACCAGGACACGAAGCAGGAGGCCAUGAGCCGCGCCGGCCAGGCCGGCCAGGCCGCUAUGCAGGGCGUGCAGGGCGCACGGCAGCAGGGCGGCGGCCUGCAGCAGGCGUUCGCGCAGGGCGCUGAGCAUGCGGCGCAGAGCCAGGGCACCUCGACCCAGCAGGGGCAGGGCCAGAACCCGCUCAUGCAGAAUGUGCAACACCAUGCCGGCGCAGUCAACGCCCACCGCGACCCCAACGCGCCGAUCACUACCCAGGCCCGGCAGGUCUUCGAUGGCGCGACCCAGCACGCGUCCAACGACCCGCAGGCGCAGAAUGUGCGCGACAACGCCCAGCAGCGCCUCAAUGCUGCUGUCGACAAGAUCCCCGAGGAGCACCGCCAGCGCAUCCAGAGCGGCGCGAACCAGGUCGAGCAGAUCGUCCGUGACGAGUUCCCCAAGGAGCGCCGCGACCAGUUCAUCUACCGCCUCAAGAAGGUGCUCGUUGAGGUGCAGCAGCACAAGGACUACUUUGACGCUAUGGACUGGCUGCUGUCCAGCGCCGAGAAGUACAAGGGCUACGGGGUACACGUCGCGCAGAAGGGCAACGAGGCGCGGCAGCAGGCUGCUAGCGACGACCACGCCACGGGCACUCUUAGCAACUUCCUCGUCAUCCUCGAGCGCUUCGCCAACGGCCAGAGCCUGCAACCAGUGCGCAACGCUCUCGACCAGAUCUACACGGACGCGCGCAACGACCAGCAGCUCGACGCGUGGUGGAAGGCCAUCAACGACUACGUUCAUGCCGUCCUCCUCGAGCCUGGAUACGUCAUGGAGGACGAGUGCAACGAGCACGGGCGCGCGCUGGUCAACAACGGCCGCCAGUUCUUCGAGGGCCGCUACAAGCCUCACUGGGACAACCUGUGGAAUGAGCUCACCGCCUGGCUCAAGGCCUUCAACGCCGACCCGCUCAACCGCGCCUUCGGCGAGGACUGGAAGCGCCUCACCAAGAACCUCCUCUUCAACGACGAGGGCUCCCUCGCGUUCAAGCCCAAGCUGUGGCGCGACAUCCGCCGCGUCAUCCUCCCUUCGCUCAUCCGCAACAUCGGCUACGUGCCCAUCCCCCGUGCCGAGUACACCGACGAGACGCUUGACCUUGUUGUCGAGAACCUCAUUCUCUCGGGCCCCAACCUGUUCCCGAACAUCGUCUCGCUUGAGAACCACAACUUCUUCCAGUUCAGCCCGAGCGACAAGAUCAAGGACAAGAACCACAACCGGUUCCGCCUGAGCAUGACGCAGAUCCAGUGCGACAUCCGCGACGUUCGCUUCGCCUUCCGCAAGAAGAAGGGCUUCCCAAGACUCAAGGACAGCGGUAUCGCCGAUGUCGUCGUCGCGCGCAACGGUAUCAGCAUCGACGUCGAGCUCGAGACGCUCGAGGGCCGCCGCGACACCGUCUUCGUCGUCCGAAAGGUCUCGACUGAGAUUGACGAGCUGUUCUUCAAGCUCCGCGACACCAAGCACGACCUUCUGUACAAGUUCAUCAAGGGUCCCGCCACGGGCGUGAUCAAAAAGGCGCUUGCCAAGGCCGUCGAGGCCUCGAUCCGCACCGGCCUUGAGUACGUCGACGACCAGCUCGUGGAGAUCCGCAACACGAUCGACGAGAGCAAGGACCAGGACGACGUCACCCGCAAGGAGGCGCUGCAGAACCUGUACAAGCGCAAGAAGUCGGAGGCGCAGGAGGCCAAGGCCAAGGCCGAGGCGCACAAGCCCAAGGGCGAGUUCCGCAUUGUCAUGGACCGCGACCAGAGCCUGCUCCCGAACAUGUCGCAGGACCCCAGCAAGUCGAUCGUCCAGCGCCUGUGGAAGACGCAGGACGCCGCCAAGUCGGGCCGCAGCUGGCACUCGCCCGCCUUUAGCAUCACGUCGAGCGCACACCCCGCCACAUCGGGCCGCCACCACCCCGACGCGACGCGCGGCGCCGCCACCGGCACCGGCAUGACUGCGGGCAUUGCGCAGGCCGCGCACAACAAGAAGGAAGAGAUGUCAGAGCGCAGUGACCGCGCGACCCAGCACGGCCGCCAGGCCGAGCGCGUCGCCGAUCACGUCGCCAACCAGCCCACCAGCCACCAGCAGUACGGCCAGGGCGUUGCCCACGGCCAGGGCCAGUUCUCUGGCCAGCAGGGGAUGGCGGGCCACGCCCAGCAGUACCCCCAGCCCGGGCAGGGCGUGACUGGCCAGCAGGGCCAGCACGGCGGGCUCGCCCAGCAGGCGCAGCAGGCGCUCGGCGGCCACCCCGGCCAGCCGCAGCCUGGCCAGCACCAGCGUCAGUACUAAGUAGGACCGGAACGAUUCAGCAGUUUCAGCAGUAAUGUACGAAUCUAGUAUACGAGAUGCAGACUAUUUCCCC